CCGUCGGCGGAGUGAGUCCUCAUUUCCAUUACUGACUUUUUAGUCUUUGCUCACCAAGUGACAAAAGUGAUUACUACAAACGUGUUUUUAGACGUCGUUUGCUUGAUUAUUUUAAAAGUGAGGUUCAAAAACGUUUGUGUCGCCGUGGAGUUACUUCGUAUUUAAAGGACAAAGUGAAAUUUGUCCAGCUACAUUAAACUAACAUUGUGAUCUAAAUACUAUUCGUAAUUCUGAAUCGCCUACAGCAACUGUGAUUUAACAAGUAAUCUGCGCUUUAUGUCGUUUUAACGACGAGAAUGAAGAUGAUGCUGCCUACUGCUCUUCUGUACCUCAUCUUCAUCGCAGGAGAAGCGCAAUAUGUCUCUUCCCAGAGGAUUCGCACAAGCAACAGGGCGACCUUGAAUGUGACCUUGGUAUACCCUGAAGAUGCGACAGUACUGAUCGGGGCGCUCUUCCCCAUCCACAAUAGCAAAAGCGUCAGUGGAGAAGAUGUGUGUAGUGAAUUACAGGCGGAGGAUGGUAUUCAGCUGGAGGCAAUGUUAUAUACGUUGGAUGAAAUCAACUCUAAUGCAGACUUCCUCCCUGUAAAGCUCGGAGCCCUCAUCAUGGACUCCUGUAAUUCGCCCAGUUUAGCUUUAGACCAGACCCUUGGUUUCAUCAAAGGGUUCUUAGCUGGACAGAACCAGUACCACACUUCCGAGUUCAUGUGCGGAGAUGGCAGCAUUCCGUUAUUUAGAGGCGGAGAGUUCGAUAAAGUGGUGGGAGUCAUUGGUGCUCAACAGUCUUCGAUUUCCGUUCAGAUGGCCAGCGUUCUCCGAGUGAUCGAGAUGCCGCAGAUCAGCUACCUGAGCACUUCGGCAUCACUCAGCAAUAAGGAGAGAUACCCAUAUUUUCUGAGGACCGUCCCGUCGGAUUCGAACCAAGCUGAAGCUAUACUCAAGAUUUUAAGGAAUUUCGGGUGGUCAUACGCCAGCCUAGUUUACAGCGGAGAUGACUACGGAGAAGAUGGGCAUCGCCAACUGAUGACCAAAGCAGCAGAGUUUGAUGUGUGCUUCGCCUCCCCUCCGCACAAGAUCUCCAGAGACGACACUGACCAUCACUACCGGAGAGUCGUAGAGGACCUCACCAGCGAAGCCACAGUGGUUGUCGUUUUCGCCAACCGCCAAAUCUUUUCGAACCUGAUGAGAACCGUUGAGCUGGCUGGUCUGCACUCCAAGUUUAUGUGGGUGGGAUCGGAUGGAUGGAGCUCAAGCACUCCCGAGGAAACGGAAAGUGUUCUAGAGGGCGCCAUCACUGUUGAGCCCUUAGCACGACCUCUACCUGGAUUUGAUGAGUACUUCCAGUCCCUGAGGCCUGAGAACAACGCUCGGAAUCCUUGGUUCACCGAAUACUGGAAGAGCAACAACCGCAACCAGCAAAGGAAGAAGCCAUACCGCCAAAUGCAGUGGCUACAUUUUGUAAGGGACGCCGUCUACGCCUUCGCGCAUGCGCUACACAACUUAUGGCUAAUGAACUGCAAUGGCCAAGAGGGGCUUUGCAAUAAAAUGGGGCAUGAUGGACAUAUUCACGGAGACGAUCUCUUUGAACAGCUUCUCAAAGUUAAUUUUACAGACGUCACGGGUAAAGCCUUCCGAUUUCUGGAAAACGGAGCAGGGCUCCCACGUUACACCGUUCAGAACUACCAAAGGGUUACGAACUUCAACUACUCUUGGGUACCUGUAGGAAAUUACUCUCCAGUAUUUUCACACCAAAGUAAAGGUACGUCAGCAGAUCAACCAGAAUUGUUCUUGAGUGAGUCACUUAUGAAGUACCGUCACGACUUGCCGUUCCCAGAGUCUUCAUGUGGUGUUCCUUGUCAACCUGGCCAGGCUAAGAUUCCUCUGCAAGACACCUGUUGCUGGCGCUGCGAAAACUGCCAGCAGCAUCAGUACCUGAACAGCAGUACACAGCAGUGCAACGACUGUGAUAAGUGCAAGACGCCAAAUGCCAACCGUAAUGGCUGUGUCGAAAAAGAAGAAAAAUUCAUUGAUUAUAAGAACAGAUGGGCUAUAACCUCCAUGGCUUUCGCUAGCACCGGGAUCUUCAGCACAGUGCUCGUAGCCGUCAUAUUCUGGGUACACCUUGAUACCCCCGUCAUCAAAGCGGCGUCAAGGGAACUCUCGUACAUUCUACUGGCGGGGAUCAUGCUCUCCUUCGUCAUGACCUUCGUCAUCGUGUCUCCGCCCUCAAAGUUCACCUGCGGUCUCACUAGGUUCUUCCUUGGGUUUAGUUACACUGUCUGCUACGCCGCCAUCCUGACCAAGACCAACAGGAUCUCGAGGAUAUUCAACAAGAACCCUACGAAGCCAACGAAGGCUCGCUAUACAUCGCCGCUGUCUCAGCUUGUGAUUGUUACCCUCCUCGUGAGCGUUGAAGUGGUUAUCAAUAUUUCCUGGCUGGUGUACUAUACACCGACCACUAAACACCUGUGUGACCAGGCGUCGGAUUACCGGAUCAGAAUCUGCAAUGGCCUGGACGACUAUUCUUACAUCGUUGGACUUAUCUAUCCUCUUGUCCUCGUCUGCUUCUGCACUGUCUAUGCCAUUAAGACUCGUAAGUGUCCAGGGGGAUUCAAUGAGGCCCGCUAUAUCGCCUUCACCAAUUAUACGACGUGCCUGAUCUGGCUGGUCUUUGUGCCACUCUACAUCUCAACCGGGGCCACAGACGACGUCAGGAUUGUCACUUUAGCCAUGUCUCUUUCAUUAGGGGGAUUUGUGCAGUUAGGAUGCCUGUUCUUCCCCAAAAUCCACAUCGUGUUAUUCAAACCUGAGAAGAAUACCCGGGAUGCAGUCAUGAGCAUCACCCGCACCUCAUCGUACAGAGGUUCUGGAAGGAGACCCGGCCCAGAGGAUCAGAACCAGUCUACACCAGCUAUUAUUUUCCUUAACAACACAAAACAAGGUAGUAAAGAAGACGGAGGCUUAAAGGUGCCACCAGCCCAUUUUGACCCUGUUGUCGUAACCAACAAAGAUCCAUCAGGCAAGGUCAACGAAGGAUACCUCUCUGUCAUACCUCCAAGAAAUCAAGACACGGCUGGCAUGUAACGACCGAAAUGAGUGCUGAAGACGAACCUCUUUCAGAAAUGUCGGGGUAUCCUUCAUGGUGUAGCUAAUAAAAACUGAAUUGCCAUCUGCAGCUGUCUAACUGCUUUAGAAACCGAGACAAUAAGCUGCUGCCUUAAAUAUCAGUAUGAAACUGGUGAUAUGGCUGUUCACUAACUGAAACCAACGUCAUACAUCACAAGCUGAGAAAGAACGAUUCGUCAUCGUCGUAAGAUGUAGGUUUCUCGAGACCUUAUGAUAAAAUCAGUUAGAAAAUAACAAGUUCAGCAUUUAGGCAUCGUGUGGCAUUUCAUUUUUCGCUAACAAAAAAUUGUUGGGGUAUUCCACAUUGUCUUAACUUCGUAAAACUAAUAUGUUCGAAAUUAUCCAUUUUUGUACAUAUUUUUUCUACUAACGGUGUGCUCUGAGCGACAUAUAAAUAUAUAGGCAAUAUUUAAUACCCGGGAAAGAUAGAAGAAUGAUGUGUCUUGAAUUACGACGUCUGGUAAUGUUUCAAUGACAAUUCUGCUUUAUAUUAUGGAAAAGGUUAAUUGAAAGUUUAAUCAAUUGAAAAACUUGUAAAUAUAGCGUAUAAUAAGCAUGUGAUAUUUUGAAAAUCAGCGACCACCUUAUUGAAAGGUGAUGUAUAUGGUUUAAAGAGGUUUAUACGUAUUUAAGUUAGAAAUAAAGCAAAAUCGAAAAAGAACUAAUCUUGUUAGUGCCAUAGAUAUGAUUAAAGUCCUUGACAUCAUUGUUCUGACAAUGAUGUCCCGUUUAUUUGACAGGAAUUACCUGUUAUGAGAUAAUUGUGGAUAUCAUCAAGAAUCCGUGCGAAGAUGUGGAACGAUAAUGAGAUCGACUCAGUUCUUCAUUACUUCAGCAAACCUGGGAAAACAAAGCCCGUUUUUUUUUUUUUUUUUUUUUAGAAUAAUGUUCGUGAAAAAAACUUGAUAGACAGAAGUAAUCCAUAUGAAAUACGACACGACGCAGUGCCUCUUCAAGUCGUAAGAUCUUUUGCGAACUCAGAGCUUAACUGCUCUGGCUCCAGUGCCUGCAGACUCCUCGAAUUUUUAUGCCAAGGGAAACGAACAGUGAUCAGCACUGAAGCAUUGCUUCGAAACACGCUAACGCCUUUGUUGAAAUAACCUCAAUGCAAUGUCCCAUCCAUUAACGUUAUUUGGACAGCAAUUUUAGAUGAUUUAGGAUCUAACCAAAAUAGGAAAACGAGGUUAGGAUUCGUGUCUACAAUGUAAACUGCAAUAUGAUUGUUAUAGUCUUUGUAUGUCUUUGUGAGUAUCCACCGAACACCGAAUUCACCAUCUAAGAUGCUUUAUGAGUAAAAAAGUGAGCUAUUCGUGUGUAUAGAGUCAGUUAUCAUUGUAGUUUAGGCUGAUCAUUUUCGUCGUAAUUAGGAAAUAACUGGCUCAGACUGAGCUGUUAACCGUUACUUUUGUAGUUGUGUCUUCUUAGUGAGUCGAUUAACCUAUAAGUUUGGUCAAGGCUGAUCAGUGAAAUCGCCUUAUUAAAGCCUGGAGCAGGUUAGAUACGGUGGUUUAAAGCAUUUAUUUGUAAUGUCUAGUAAACAUGGAAACAUAC